UCUAUUUUAUCAUCUGGUUCAGAUACUUGAAAAUCUGUAAAGGUCUUUAGACAGAGUUGCUGUUUGACAGACUGCAAUACAUAGAUAUUACACACAAGCACAAAAAAGAUCAAGUCCUGCAUUAAUCAAUGAUUUUAUAACAAACAAUAAAAAUUCCUCCGUGACCUCAUACCAAAAAAAAAAAUCCAAUCCCAAACCAAUGAACCAUAUAAAUCAACAAAAUAAAUCUAAAUGAUAUCCUGGAGCAAAAACAGGCAUGAGUGUUUCUUGGAGUUUUUUAAUAAUGAAAUUACACCCAUAUUACAUAAUCAAUGAGAUGGUCCCUUGACCUAAAAGUCCCAGCGGCGUGGGCACAAGGGUCAGACAAAAAAGAUCACACAGAGAACAAUGUAUUCAGUCAGGGAGAUUUGGCAACAUCCAUUCAAUCUGCCUCAGUCAUUCAGAAAAUAAUUAUGGUAUUUAUCACUUUUAGUGUGCUAGACAGGAUGACUACUAAGGGAGAAAAAAAAAAUCAGACAAUGCAACAUAAUGUAUGUGCUCUGAAAAGUAUAAGCAUUGCCCUCAGGGAUCGGGAAAGUCUUCUUGAAGGUGAAGACUCCCGAACUGAAUCCUGAAGGAAAAGUGGGCACUACCUAUGUGAAGGGAGCAGAAAAGAUAGUAUGUGCCUAAGUCCCAAGUUAGAGCACGCUGCGGUGAGAACCUUGAGGAGUGUCAUGCAUCCCAACAAUGAGAAGGAAUUACAAGUGAUAGAACAGCGAUAUGAAUAAGGGGCAGAUAAGGAAUAUUUUUGCCUGCUAUGGUGAGGAGAUGAGAUUUUAGCUGAGGACAAAGGGGACAAUGACAGUAGGUGAAGAAAAAGUCGAUGUGGUCAUGAUAGGGUGUUUGUUCCACACUUCUCUGUGUCAACCUUAGCCCCUCCUUGGUGAACUCACUUUUUGGUUGGAGUUUUCGAUACUUCUCUAUCACUCCCAUGCGUCCCUCUUCCUUCAUCUGGCAAAUCCUGCCUCUCAGUAUCUCUCAAUGGACAAGAGUUUCCUCCCAUCUAGGAAACUAACCAGCCUCUGGAGGGCUUCUCCUAUUAAGUAACCUAAAUAACUAAUGGUGACACCACCUCCUCUUUUAAAAACCAAUUUAACACUAUCUUGUUUAUCUCAUAAUUCCUAGGCACCAAUCAUCCGACAAAAGCAUUCACUUACAACAUCAUUGUGCUGUGUUUCUCUUGUCAGACUUCACCAUUCAUCUCAGCAGACUACAAAAAGACAUGGGAAAGACCAAAAACACAUCGCUGGACACUGUGCUGACAGAUUUCAUUCUCCUGGGCUUGUCUCACCCCCCGAAUCUAAGAAGCCUCCUCUUCCUGGUCUUCUCCAUCAUUUACAUCCUCACGCAGCUGGGGAACCUGCUCAUUCUGCUCACCGUGUGGGCUGACCCGAAGCUCCAUGCUCGCCCCAUGUACAUUCUUCUGGGAGUGCUCUCAUUCCUGGACAUGUGGCUCUCCUCAGUCAUCGUUCCUCGAAUUAUUUUAAACUUCGCUCCUGCCAGCAAGGCUAUCCCGUUUGGUGGCUGUGUGGCUCAGCUGUAUUUCUUUCACUUCCUGGGCAGCACCCAGUGCUUCCUCUACACCUUGAUGGCCUAUGACAGGUACCUGGCAAUAUGUCAACCCCUGCGCUACCCAGUGCUCAUGAAUGGGAGGUUAUGCACAGUCCUUGUGGCUGGAGCUUGGGUCGCUGGCUCCAUUCAUAGGUCUAUCCAGGCCACCCUGACCUUCCGCCUACCCUAUUGUGGGCCCAAUCAGGUAGAUUACUUUAUCUGUGACAUCCCUGCAGUAUUGAGACUGGCCUGUGCUGACACAACUGUCAAUGAGCUUGUGACCUUUGUGGACAUCGGAGUAGUGGCCACCAGUUGCUUCAUGUUAAUUCUACUUUCCUAUGCCAACAUAGUCCAUGCCAUCCUGAAGAUACGCAACGCUGAUGGGAGGCGCCAGGCCUUCUCUACCUGUGGCUCCCACCUAACUGUGGUCACAGUCUACUAUGUUCCCUGUAUUUUCAUCUACCUUAGGGCUGGCUCCAAGAGCCCCCUGGAUGGGGCAGUGGCUGUGUUUUACACUGUUGUCACUCCAUUCCUGAACCCCCUCAUCUACACACUGAGGAAUCAAGAAGUGAAGUCUGCUCUGAAGAGGAUGACAGCAGGUCGAGGGACUGAAUGAAAAUAAGUAACUACACCUGCAUCAUCAUCACUGCCACUCUCUUCAACUACUGCUACAUGUGACAAAUGCCCAAUAAAUUGCUAAUGAUUUAAAGUGAAUUUACUUGCAUUUUCUUUGGCAGAAAAUUCUGAAUUCUUUUGACCCAAAAUCUUUUCUCCUAAUUAAACUGGUUCAAGUUGUUUUACAUAAUCUUUUAGAAAUAAAUGGAUACAUUACUUCUAUCACCUCUGACUAUCUUGUAAGAUGAGAAAAUGCCUUACCGAAGGUUGAAUAAGAUGAGAAUGUGUCAGUGUCUUAGAAGGUAUACCAUGCCAGAAAAUAUGACAAAAGUAAAAAGGGGGCUCUAUAACCCCUUUUCUCAUUGUCUUUGCUCCUAAUCCUAGACCUCUCUAAAUUCCAUUUCUUUGCUUGUGCAUGGCAUGAAUAUUUCCAAGCACUUGAACUCGAAAAUUCUGGACUAUCCUGUUUUUUUUUCCUGUCCCUCAUCCUCGUCAUGUGCUAAUACAUCAAAUUCUGUCUCCUCAAAACUGUGAAACCAGCUCAAACUGAAUCGAUGUAAACUGUCUCUCUUAAUUCCUGACUAGUCUUUUGUCCUUUUCUUCCUCAUCUGUACCACAAACAAAAUUACUCUCUGAAACACAGAAUCUGUAGGACUCUUCAGUGAAUAUAGAAUGAAUAAGGCCAGGCUCCUUAAUCUGGAAUUCAAAGUCCAGUGCAAUCUUGGCCUCACAUACAUGUUCUCUUAGGCCAUUUCCACCGCUUGCCUCUCCCACCCUCACUGAAGUAUUGCCGUUCCGUGAGCGUGCCCUAUACUUGCCUGUGCUCUUUUGCUCAAGCUCUCUCUUCUGUCUAGAAUGUAAGUCCUCCCUCUCCAUAUUGACCAAGUGACAAUUUAUGCUUCCUUCAGAUCCGUAUUAAAUAUUUCCUCAUCUGUUUUUCUCAGGCAGGACUUAACUCCUCUUCCCUGGUAUUGCCAUCACUUCUUUACUAUAGACCUUGCCACAGUCUGUCAUGUAUUACAGUCAAGAAUUUAUCUCUCACCGGGUGCAGUGGCUCAUGCCUGUAAUUCCAGCACUUUGAGAGGCCAAGGCAGGUGGAUCACAAAGUCAG